AUCUGAUAACAUGAUGGAGAAGUUGACUGUAAACAAUUUAUCCUCGCAUCUGUUCAAGUAUAAUGCAUUAUUGGUAGGAACUGUUUUUCUUAUGUGGCUGUACAAACAGCAUGCAAACAGAAAAAAGCAUAGUGAAAUUGAUGAGUUGCUAUUUAUGAAACGUACAGACUGUUGUAAGCGAGAGAACAAUUGUGACAAUGAGCAUUGCUAUAACUAUGUAUUCCAACGAAUGAAAUCUUUGAUUGAUGGUGCUCAAUAUUCCGUAUAUGUUUGCAUGAACAUAUUUACAAGCGCAAGCCUGGGGGAAGUGGUGUUACGUGCACAUCAACGAGGAGUGUUGGUGAAAAUUAUCGCAAACUAUAGUACAGAGUAUGCGUCAGGAAGUCAAAUUACAAUGCUACAUAUCAACGGUAUUCCCGUUAAACAGCCAAAGACACACGGUCAUAUGCACCACAAAUUCUGUCUCAUAGACACCGACAAAUCGACGAAAAAAAUUGUAGUUCCGGGAGCGCUAAGAAUUCCAAGUAAUGGUGUCGUAAUGACUGGUUCUAUGAAUUGGACUUUUCAAGCAAUGGAUCAAAAUUGGGAGAACCUUCGGAUCACUUCAGAUAAAUUCUUUGUCGAGAAAUUUCACAACGAAUUCAACGCAAUUUGGAACAAUGCUAAUGUUGAUGAUUUUCGAAGACAAAGUGGAUCUAAGGGUGGAAUUAAUCAGCAGCGGAAUUAACAAAUUAAUUAAGACGAUUGAUCAUAGAUCGCAAAUAUGAUACAAUUUGACUGAUCUGAAGUUUGACAAAUAAACAAUUUUGUAAUUUC